CACUAAUGGAAUGGUCGGCCACAUGUUGAUGAUAUAGCCCCGUCUCAGCUCAGUGGGAUGUUAGCUUGAGGGAAGAGGCACUCCAUAUAAAGUCAGCCUGAAAUGCGAGCAAGAGCUAUAUAAACAGAGCCAGUUCUCAAUGAAGAAAAUUAAUUAGCAGAAAUGAACCACAAUAUACCAGUGUAUCCCUACCAGAUAGGGGAUGGAUAUACUAAGUAUUACACCCAAUCAACUUUGCCGUAUGUCCAAUAUAAUUCAGGAGUGCCAGUGGGAAUAAAUCCGUACCAAGAAGAAAACAAGUUCCCAGCUUACCAUGCUCAGCCCUACACUCGGAUCCCGGGUUCCUCAGCUCUUAAUCCAGUGUCCAGACCUCCCCCAAAUGUAGUGACACCAACAGUGGGACCUAGAUAUCCAGAAGCUUCAACCAUAUAUCCUAGAUUUUCAGUUCCAACUGUAACAGGACAAUCCUUAAUUCAGUCAGUGGGCCUUCCUCCAUCAUCUACAGCUAAUACAUACUUACCUGGAACCUCUAAAUCUUCACCAGUCAACCCAGGGAUGCUACUGAAUUCACCAGACAUGUCAGGAGAUUACCCCAAGCCAACAGCAACCCCUCCUGGAUCUUACAGAUCUACAACUUCUCCCCUGGGGACGGGACCUAUAAAAACUCCACACCUAGAGUCACUUAAACCUCUAGCAAAUCAAACAAGCUUUCCUUCAUUGUGUGGAUCGUAUGCAUAUCAAGCUUCAAGAACGCCUUCUCCACCACAAUCUGCGGAGGACAAAUUCAAAGCAAAAGCAUCUUUGUAUGGAAUCGAAAUCAGCAGUACCGUGGAACAGUUUCUGAAAACCCAAGACAAAGACCAGAAAAUGAAGAUGACAACGAGUGUUAGUAAAUCAGACAGUGGUCCUAACCUCACUCAAAAUAAACCUGACCUGAACAUACCCUCUAGCUUACAAAAGACUCUCACUAAUGGGACUAUUUUUCAGAAUUCUGAGGAGAUAAGAGAGAUUGAGGAAAAUAUAGACUUGGUAAUUAGUGAUCAUUGCAAUGCAGGGAAGGAGUUACUGGGUGAUGAGAAAAGGGAUUCAACUUGGGACUUGAAGAGGAAUGAUUCUGUUCUAUCAUAUAUGUCUACAAACAGUGAGAACUUAGAGAAUGAUUCUGAAGAAGACAGUAUAAAAAGUGGGAAAGAUCAUGCUUCAACUGAAAACUUAGAAAAGGAGGUAGAAAAGGAUCAACAAGAUUUGCAUAGCGAGUCCAGUUCUGUGAAAGAAGAUCAAACUGAAAGUAUAGAUGAAAUAGCUAAGAGACUUGUAAAUGAUGCCAUUGUUAUGGCAGUUAGUGAACUGGAAAAGGAGAUGGAAGGGAAGGAAAUUGGAGAGAGUAAAAAGAAGUUGUACUCUUGGCAGGCCAGAUAUGGAAGUGAUAAACAGACGAACGGACAAAGUGUUAGCAUCAAUAAAUCAGCCAAGCUACCCAGUGUUGUGGCUUCCAAACUUCUCAGAACUGUACUAGAUCCAGGAUCCCCAGAAUUUACACCCAAAGAGAGAACUCAGUCCUCCUUAAACCCUGUAUCUCCGGAGUUCAACCCAGCUGCUAGAGUUAGUCAACCUCUUAGCAUGUCUCUAGUCAAUUCUGUGUCGUCGAACACAGAACCAAAUAGCUAUUCCUUUAAUCCAGCUCAGCACAUACACAAACUGAGUCACGGCCAUUACUCUAAAAAUGCCUCCUGUCAGACCUGGGUGGAUCCUGUAGUUGAUGCCUCCUGUAACACUAGCAGAGUCAAAGUUAAGGACCAGAGUGUAGAAACAGCCACGUGUGAUUCCAGGGAAGUGGGCGUGAACACCACAGAGACGUUUGAACUAGAAGAGGAUGAUACAAUCAUUAUUCCUAUGAAUGAACUUCGGACCAAGGUUUUGGAAACUCAGAGGGAAUUGUUAUUGCUGAGAGGGAAGGUGUGUUUAGAUGAAAUGGAAAGACAAGUGACAAGCCUGGAAAAGAGCAAGGAGACUUUGACAACCUAUUUUGAUCUACAAGAAAUAGACAUGGAAGAACAAAUAGAUAAACAGAUCACAGCUCUGAAGGGGAACAUCCUGAAUCUCUCUGAGGAAAUAGAAGCCAUGCAAAAGAAACUAGAUUCAGGUGAAAUUCUGUCAGAAGUGCCCUGUUUUGAAGUCAGUUUUCCAGUUCACAAUCAACCUAGCCGGAUGAUGAAUAAAAAGAAACUUAAAAGUCUCGCAAGUGCAGCUCUCUACCUGAACCGUCUCUCCACUGCAAGGAAAACAACUGUGGUGAAUACACAUCGACCUGGGAGGAUUCUGGAGGAGGUCAAAGGUCAACCUGAGGAGGAGGAAGAAGAAAUAACCAGUCCUGUUAAAUCACUGAGUGAAAGUCAAAUCCUGAAGAAAAAAUCCAAAGGCAAAUCCAAGCAGAAGAAAAGCAAGUCUGGAGGAAAGGGUCACAUGCAGGAUAAACCUUUAGAUGUCAAGGUUGGAGGGGAAGGGGAAAAACCAGAAAUAGAUCAGGUGGAACCUCAGGAGAAAUUAAGCAGUGUAGAAGAUGCAGUCACAAGGGUCACAGAGGACCAAGGACAUUUGUCUUCAAAUGAGCAAGUGGCAAAGUAUUUGCAGCAAGAGUGGGAAAAGUCUGUGCCUCAAGGACUUGAAAAAUAUGGGGAUUAUGCAACCCCAACAAGGACCAGCUUUGAACAUUCUGAAAUAAAGAAUUCUAAGCAGAUGCAUUUUGAAAACAGUGAACUCGAACCUUCAAGUUUGGAUCCCACAAGUGUUUGUACUGGGAAAACAAGUGCCAUUUCUUUACCUACUAAUGCUAAAGAAGACAUUAUACAGCAAUCUAGUCAUGCUUUACAGAUGGAGAUUCCAGUACAGACAGCACAAACUGUUCAAGAUCAGGCAAACAACAGCAUUUCUCAGGAUGGAUCAAGUGAUCUUGGUAAAGUUUCUUUCACUGAAAGAAAAGCUGUUAAUGGACACGAUUUGAACAUUCCCGUUCAAUUGGAGGAUCAAAAAAAUGACCAAAGCAACAAUAUUCCCCAGCCACUGUCUGAAAGUCAAAGUGUACAGAACUUGAUAGCCCCAGAGAAGACAUCUUUAGCAGAGAAUAUUCAACUUUCAGCAGGUUUAGAGUUGAAUUCUGAGGCAGUGAAUGCUAAUGUCUUGCACCAAAAUAUGUUAAAACAGGGCGUUACUGUUGACCCAAUUCUCUUUGAGGCAGUUAAAGCACAGAUUGCUCAGGUAUAUCCAGAUUUUGCUAAAGAUCCAGCCAUGUUGAAUUCCAUCAGUCUUCAGCAGACCAUGGUGUUGCAGGCCUGUAUGUUAUCAGGGGGAAAUGUUGGAGCUACAGAGAUGCUUCCUAAUGUGAAGUCUGAAUUUACAACACCAGAACAGGAAAAGAGAAGCUCUGUUGAAAGCCUCCCUAGGGAUGAACUUAAAGAUACCACCAGCUGUGUUCAGUCAUCAAAGUCAUUACCAUUAGCAGAUAAAGCUGUAGGAAUCUCUGUUCCAUCUACAGCGAGUGGUGCCAUUCCCAAACAGCCAAGUGCCUACAAGAACUCUGGUAUCACUGCACGUCAGUUGCCUUCAAGAUCAGGAUUACCUGUAGGACUAACUAAAUCAGCCAUGAAAAAUGAAUUGGAGAUGUCACUGGAGCUUAACCCUGGGGUUGCACCCCCACCAGGUCUUGCUGCGGAAUCAAUUUCUAAUUCCAACAUUCUGUCAAAAGCCUCAAAUUUGCCGUUUGAAAACACUAACAGAAACUCCUGCAGUGUACCUAAUAUUCAGACAAGUGUAGAAACUUCAGUAACCAAACCUUAUGUAGAUCAACACCUUUCAACAGUGAAUCCUCAGAUGGCCUGUCCACCUCCACUGAGUUUAAAACCAUUCACCUCAGAUACUGAGGUCCACAUGAAACCAUACCCUACUAACUUUACUGAGUCUAGUUCAAGUGUUGUCCAUGCCAAACAACCAUUAGCUAAGAUGGAGGACACUUUUCAUAGUGUGGGAGACAGUGGGGGCCAGCUUCAAAAGCAUGUCAACCAAAACCAAGAACAGAACAAAUCAAAAGGGCUUGAGGCAAAAAUUUGCAAUUCAAACCUAACAGCAAGUUUAAAUCAUGAUAAGUGUACAACUCAUGUAGACAGUUUUUCCACAUGGAGAAAUAGUGCAGUAAAACCAGAAUUAAAAGAGGAGUCCAAAAUUGAAACUCUGAACUUGGACGAGAUAGAAGAUGAUGAUGAAGAAGAAGAGAAGCAGUUUGAACUGAAGUCCAAGUCCUCCCACGAUGUGUACAAUCAGUGGCAGAAGCCUCUGGUGAAGAAGACAGAAGAUCUCCCUCCCCCUGUAGAAGUCAGCCAAGAGCAGCAUGUGAUGCAGAAACUGGGCAGUGUAGGGACCGCAAAGAGAAGACCAAUGGAGAAGGGGUCACUGAGAGACUGGAUGAAAAAGGACAAGCCUGUAGAAGUUGGUAAAAAUGCAGACCAGUUGGACCAGAUCUCUUGUACCUCUGACAUCCCAACAUCUGUAGGAGCCCAGAAAGGAUCGGGAAGACAAACACCGUCCAGUGAAAUGACCGAAGAAGAGAAAGAAAACUGGACUGAGGUUACCAAGAAAGGAAAGAAGAAAGAACUGAACCAGCUUCCACCACCACAACCAUUGAAUCCACCCCUGAAGAAUUUACCACAGAAAAUGUCAACUACGUGUCCAAGUGAAAAAGCCAACAAUUUUGAGAAACUUGUUCAGCGACUUUCAGAAAUCUUUGCAGGACUAAAUAGAGAUGAGGUGAUAAGUGUGAUAACGUCGGUCAGGAAACAGAGAGGUGGGCUCAGUGGAUUAUCAGUUAAGGACAUCGUGGCCCAUGCCCGAGUGUUUGCCACACAGAUCAUGAAAAAUAAGAACAAAAUGGUAACCCAGUGUUAUCCUGACUUCUCCAUGCCAUUUCAGAGAACUCAACCAAAAUCUCCACCAAAGGAUGAUGAGGAUAUUUGUGUUAUCUGUCAUGAUGGGCUCAGCUCUGAAGAAGUCAAGAGUCUGGAUUGUGGACAUGUUUUCCAUGCAGGGUGUAUCAAACAGUGGGUUUAUGGCAGAGAAAUGACCUGUCCCACGUGUAGAAGAUUGGUGUUGUUUCCUGAGGAAUUCCCUAAACUUGGAAAAUAAAACUCUUUAACUAGACCUAAAGUGGUUAUCUAAAACAUAUGACUGUGGGAAAAUCUGAUGUGCCUUACAUACUGCAUCAAACAUAAUGUAAAAUAGCCUCAGUAGUGAACAUUUUAGUUUGUUAUGAAUAUUUCAUAAAAUCAGUAAAUAAAUAUUAAUCUUUAAA